GACUUGGGAAUCUUUGCGGUCUCUUGCAGCCCCUCAACCUCAUCAUGGCCUCUGCCGGUCUGCAAAUCUUGGGGAUCGUCCUGACCCUGCUUGGCUGGGUCAACGCCCUGGUGUCUUGUGCUCUACCCAUGUGGAAGGUGACAGCCUUCAUCGGCAACAGCAUCGUUGUGGCCCAGAUGGUGUGGGAGGGGCUAUGGAUGUCCUGUGUGGUCCAGAGCACUGGCCAGAUGCAGUGCAAGGUGUACGACUCGCUGCUGGCGCUGCCCCAGGACCUACAAGCUGCUAGAGCCCUCUGUGUCGUCACCCUCCUCGUCGUCCUGAUUGGCCUGCUGGUCUACCUCGCUGGAGCCAAAUGCACUACCUGUGUGGAAGACAAGAAUUCCAAGUCUCGACUGGUGCUCAUCUCCGGGAUCACCUUUGUCAUCUCCGGUGUCCUGACCCUUAUUCCUGUCUCCUGGACUGCCCACUCCGUCAUCCAGGACUUCUAUAACCCCUUGGUAGCUGAUGCUCAAAAGCGGGAGCUGGGGGCCUCCCUCUAUCUGGGCUGGGCAGCCUCGGGCCUUUUGCUGCUGGGUGGAGGGCUGCUGUGCUGUGCCUGCUCCUCUGGGGGGCCCCGGGGACCUGGCCAUUACAUGGCCCGUUAUUCUACAUCUGCCCCACAUUCGGCCAUUCGGGGACCCUCUGAAUACCCCACCAAGAAUUAUGUCUGAUGCUUACUGGGGAGUGAGGCUCUACUGGCCAGGGAACCUUAGGACCCUGAGUUGAGCCAUCAAGAAACAAUGCCUAGGAGUUUUGGGUUGUUUUUCUUGUUUUUCUUUUGCAGUAGCGGAUAUUGAACCUGGGGGCCCCACAAGUUUGGGGGGCAAGCACUCUACCGAUGAGCUAGGGUUGGCUCUAUCUGUUUUUGAGACAGGUUCUGGUUUUCCUGCCUCAACCAUUCCAGACUCUGCCUGCCUCUGCUGUUGGCAUUUUGGUCGUGCAUCAGGAGGGGUAACACUUUUAGUCUGUGUCUUUAUUCACUCCGGGCAUCUUCUGUGGAACCUGUUUUGAGACCACUUGUGAAUCUGGCCUUUGUGAACCCCAAGAUGGCCUGUUCCAAGAGUCCCCAGUCCUGGAAGGGCAGGUGAUAAGUUACCAAAGAAUUUUCUACUCCAAGUCUUCCAACCUUUGGCCCCUACAUCCCCUUACCAAAGUUACC